AUGGCUGGGAUUGUUCAAAAGUGUAUAUUAUAUAAGUUUCCAAUACACAGGGCUUUGCUCACCUCCAUCCACGGGGCUUCAACAAAAGGUAUAAUCAAUUGGUUUAAUGGUGCUGCAAUUUCCAAACAGAGAUUAGGAGGGAGGAGAAUUGGGUUUUGCAAGCGUUUGAGAGUUGAUGGUGGAGAAGAUGCAGAGAUUAUGAGCAAGGGAGAAGACGCUCGCUGGCUGCUGGGUUAUUUGGGCAAUUUUUAA